AUGCUUGUGGAGCUCUCCUUCGGGGACCAGCCACAGCAUUGCAUUGUUAUCGAUUCUCGGUCGAAACGAACCAAUAUCCUUGAAAGGCUGCCCGAAAAUACUCAAGCAGACCUCGCGACAAAGAUUUCGCCUGAAUUUGUUCUUGAUGUUAUGGAGGGUCGUAUCAACGCUCAGCAAGCAUUCAGGCUCUACGCCCAGCCUCCUUGCCCGGGUGCCUUCGCCAGCCGUUUCUCCGCGCUGGGCCCUCCAGCAUCCGUAGUGAGUAGAGAUGAAUUAGAUCUUGAGAGUCUGCCGAAACCUACCGAAAACAUACAGCAAAUCAAGGAUGACCUUAAGAAAUGGGGCUAUGCAUUCGUCGCGAACGCCCUCACAGCGGACGAGGUUAAAGUGAUAAGGACUGCGCUCGAAGAACAAGCAGCGGGCGAAAGGCAGGCCGGAAUUGCUCACAUGGCAAGUCUUCAUAAGUCUUCUGAAGAUGAGCCAGACCAACGCGUGUGGAAUCUGGUCAACAAAGGAGACGAGUUCCUAGACCUUCUUAACCAUCCCUUGAUCGACGCAAUCAUGCCUUGGUUUCUGGGCAGGGAGUUCGGCCUCUUCGCCAUGACCGCGAACAUCGUAACGCCAAGGUCAACGUCCGGGAUUUACAUGCACACAGAUCAAAUGGACAUGACGCCCAAUACGGCCAAUCACCCUUACCUUUUGAAUAUCUUUUGGUAUUUGACCGACGUCACUGAUGAGAAAGGCGCCACGCGCAUAUACCCUGGGUCACAUGUCAAGAAUGUGGCGCCUCAGGAAAUUCGCGACGUUUAG